AUGCCUAGUGUUGGUGGCGUAGGCGGCGGUUGCAGUGGUGGGGUAGACAGCGAUAAUGGUGACACCAGCGGUGGCAGAGGUGGUGGCGGUAGCAGUGGUGGCGGUGGCAGUGUCAGUGGUGGUGGCGGUGGCAGUGGCGGAGGUGGAGCCUAUGGUAGCGGGUGUGGUAAAAAUGGCUGUAAUUACCCGCCCGUUAUACCUGGACCUCCACAAACAGGCAAAAACCCUUAUUGCAUGCCUGGUUGUAGCAUAGGUGGUGGUUGUGAUGGUGGGGUAGGCGGAAGUAAUGGCGGAAGUGGCGGUGGAGGAGGCGGUGGUGGCGGCGGAAGUGGAGGUGGAGGAUAUGGUAGUGGUUGUGAUGGAAAUGGAAAUUGUAAUUACCCACUCGUUAUACCUGGACCUCCACAAACAUGCGAAAACCCUUAUUGCAUGCCUGGUUGUGGUUGCAGUGGUUGUUGCAGUGGUAGCGUAGGCAUCAAUAACGGUGGCAGUGGUGGUGGAGGCGGCAGUGGCGGUGGAGGCAGAGGUGGAGGAUAUGGUAGUGGAUGUGGUGGAAAUGGAAAUUGUAAUUACCCACCCGUUAUACCUGGACCCCCACAAAUAAUUGGGCCUAUAUGCAAUUGUCCAAUAACUCAACCAACAUUCCCAUUUCCUUAUCCAUAUGGAUGUCAGCCACCACCUAGUUAUGGCUGCCCAAGUGGAAAUUCUAAACUGACUCAUGACAAGGAAAAAUAG